AUGUCUUCAUCAUUUCAGAACACAUAUAAACGAGGUUUAAGAAAUAAUGGUGACGCAUAUGCCCAUCGGAAUUUAAAUAAACAUACGCAUACAUCUUGUACUACGGCUUGUUUUGUAUCUCAUUCAAUGUCUAUGCCUGGCAAAUAUGGUCAAUUUUCAAGUUUUCGUAAUUCAGGUUUAUCAAAACGAUUACGACUGGAUUCAAGAACACCUAAUAAUAACGCUUUUUUAACGCGGAAAACAUUUUCUGAUUUUAGAUUAUCACGACUUCAGAUUGGAAAUUUUAUUUCCGAAGAAAUACGUGAAGAAAAAGAUCAAAAGGAUGCACGGAUCCGAUUUUAUUUUAGAAAUUCAACAGAUAUACACCCGGAAACCAAUUUAUCAGCAACAGAAGCAGCGCUUGUUGCACCAGAUAGGGUUUCUCUUUCAAUAAAAAAGGGUACGAAACGUAUUAUUAUUCCAGCAGAGCAUAUUUUUUCAAUCGAAUUCUCUCGUAACGAGGGGAGAAUAGUAAUUCAGACAGAUGGAUGGGCUGUGUUUGAAGAAUUGGCGACUAGCGCAACGCAUAAACAAAUAUUUCGUGUAACAGAUGUAGAUCCGACAGAGGGCGAGCUUUUACGAGCUAAACGAAUCGAAGUAUGGUUAAAUUUAUCUAUGCCAUUAACAGAGCCGAAAUGGACAAAAGGAAAUCUUAUUGAUAAUAUUGAUAAGACAUCCCGAUUUCAUCAUAUUCUACAUAUUUUGGAUGCAGAUCCAUGCCCGACGUUACAAAGUAUUAUCGAACAAUGGACUAGGGAUUCGACAAUUGGAUUUCAAUCUGAACGUUUAUUAUUUCAGAGAUCUCAGCUCUGCAAAUUGAGUCGACUUUUAGAUAUUUUUUCGAAUGUCUUAAAACCGGAUCCUGUAUUAACGGCGCCGAUGAAUGGAAUUUUGAAUAUUGUGCGAACAAUGGGAACGAAAAGUGAAGUAGAUCAGGAAGAACUUUUGACAAAAGUAAAACAAGCAUUAUUCUUGAUUCCCGAGUAUUUGAUUUUGAAAAGUCUUGAUACUAUGUUUAGAAAAGAACUUGAUUUUGGAUCAGAAAAUGUAUCAAAUGAUUUUGAAAUAUGA